AUGGACCCCUGCCGGCAAAGGGACAAGAUGCCAAACCUGUCCUCUGGUCCCAUCCCAAGGGUGACCCGGGCUGGUCGGCACAGGGGUUAUGGGGUGCAGGAGCUGGACGGGCAGAAGCGCCUGGCGGGGCCGGGGCUGCCCAGUCGGGAGCCCGUGAGCGUGAUGGUGUCGGGGGGACCGUGGCCGGGCAGGCUCUCCAAGAUGUGCCUCGGCUACGUGGGCGAGCAGGGGGAGGCGCAGAUCUACGAGAGCCACCGGCGGGGCCCGGCGGCGCUGCGGGAGCUGCUGUGCCACGGGGACAAGGGGCCCUGCGGCGGCGGCAAGGCCGGGGCGCCCGCCCCCCGCAAGGCGCCGCAGAACGAGCUGUAGCCCCGGCGCGGUUAAUGCUUAAUGCCCCGGCGACCUUCGGAGCCGACUUCGUCCCCGGCGGGAGCCGACACGUGCCGGGC